UCGAUCGUCUCAGUUCUCUGCUCUGCGUUUGGAAAGCGAUCGGAAAAGCAUGCUUCGCUUGCGAUCGGGGAUCGAGGUGGAGCUCAGCGGCCCUGUUUCUUUGGAUCUGGCCAUGGAGGAGCCUCCCGAUCGUCGGUUCGUGGUGGGCUACGCGCUCGAGAAGGAGCAGAGCUUCAUCCAGCCCUCUCUAGUGGGCACCGCUCGCGACCGCGGCGUCGAUCUCGUCCCCAUCGACCACUUGCGACCCCUCGUCGAGCAGGGCCCCUUCGACUGCGUGGUUCACAAUCUCCACGGCGACGAAUGGAAUAUCCAGAUCGCAGAUUUCGCCGCCAAGAACCCCGACGUCCCCAUCGUCGACCAACCCCUCGCCGUCGAGCGCCUUGACAUUCGCUACCGCACCGCCGUGCUCCAGUUCGAUUCCGAUAUCAAUGUGACACAGAUAUACGGGAUCCCAAACCAAAUGCUGAUCUAUGACUCCAGCUCUGACGCCUUCUCUGUGAUAACCCACAUCCGGUCCCCCAUCGACGCCAAUCCCCGGGCCUCCGGCGGCGGGGUCGCCUUCAAGGUCUAUGUGGCAGGAAAUCACGUGCAAUGCGUGAGAACAAAUAACUGCCUCCCGGACGUCGCCCCCGAACAGCAUACUCCCGUCCUCUCCGUCGCUUGCUUUCGUGUAUCCAACUCACCCUUUCACAUCCCUGAAGACGCCGAAUAUGUCAAGCAUCCAGAAGCGGCAGAGCCGCCUCCAUCUAGCUUUUUUGAGAAGAUAGCAAUGAGAUUGCGGCAGGUUACGGAAUUGCGACUCUUCACGUUCGACAUUAUAAGGGAUGCCAAAUCCCGCAAACACUACUACCUCAUCGACGUCAAUUACUUCCCCGACUACUCCGAAAUGCCUGGUUAUGAAGAAUUUUUGACCAACUUCUUCUGGGACAUGGUUCAUCAGAAAGGGGAAUCUGCUGCUGCCAGUUCUUCUUUCUCCUCCGAGGACUGA